UAUCAAUAAAGCAUCAACAACAAUGCUCCAGAAUCCAGCCAGGGUCCCUCGACCAACAAAACCAAUCAUUCAUUUCUACGCUUUAAUCUAAACACAAUACGCGUAUAUUGAAAUCGAAAGACCCGUUUCUAUAUUAUUUUUCCUAUCCGAUCAUCUCUGUAUAUGUUCAUCUCUCUCACUCCCAAUCUGAUCUUUUCGAAGUUCCCAAAGCUAUGGAAAAUGAAGCGACCCAGGAUUUGUUACCGCAAAACAGGCCAAACCCCGGCUACGCAACUCAGGAAGGACUCGAACUGAAGAGUUUCAGAUUGGGUCUCCGCUGGUUUUGCUUAGAUCAAUCGAGUUUAUGGAAACUUAGUCUCUCAUGGUCUAUCUUCUUCGUGCUUGCCGUCGGAUCUCCUAUAAUUUCGCACUUUCUGCUUUUGUGCUCGGAUUGUGAUAAGCAGCAUCAAAGACCCUACGAUGCGUUGGUACAGUUAUCUCUUUCGUCUUUCGCGGCGAUUUCUUUUGUGAGUUUGUCUUAUUGGGCUCGGAAAUAUGGGAUCAGGAAGUUCCUGUUCUUGGAUAAACUGUGUGAUGUCAGCGAUAAGGUUCGACGAGGAUACGCAGAGGAGCUUCAGAAAUCAAUGAAACUCCUCGGUGUAUUUGUUCUCCCUUGUUUUGCUCUUGAGAGUGCAUACAGAAUUUGGUGGUACGCGACGGGACCGAGCCAAAUUCCCUACUUGGGCAACAUGAUAGUGAGCGACACCAUUGCGUGUGCAUUGCAGCUGAUGUCAUGGCUUUAUCGAACAUCCAUUUUCAUCCUAGCCUGCAUCUUUUACCAACUUACAUGCCAUCUGCAAAUACUCCGGCUGGAAGACUUUGCUCAAGUUUUUCAAAAGGAAACUGAAGUGAGUUCAAUCUUGGCUGAACACCUCAGGAUAAGAAGAAAUCUCCGGAUCAUAAGCCACCGAUUUCGCUUGUUUCUUUUGUUAUCACUGCUCUUGGUCACUGCAAGUCAGUUCUUUGCUUUGCUUUUGACAACUCGAACAACUACCUCUGUCAAUAUCUACGAGGUUGGAGAACUUGCGUUAUGCUCCAUAAGUCUGGUGACCGGAUUAUUCAUCUGCUUGCGGAGUGCAACAAAGAUCACUCAUAGAGCACAGGCUAUUACAGGCCUUGCUUCCAAGUGGCAUGUCUGUGCCACAAUUAACACUUUUGACGAUGCUGAAAACGAGACUCCGACAAAUCAGAUCACUUCUCCCCGAAUGUAUCCAGCAGAGGAUGAUUGGGAAUCAGAUGAAGAAGAUGGAAGUGAUGAUCUGGACAACACGAAGCUUGUACCCGUCUUUGCACACACAAUCUCUUUCCAAAAGAGACAGGCUUUAGUGAAUUAUCUAGAGCACAACAGAGCUGGAAUCACAGUGUUCGGUUUCAUGGUAGACAGAACUGGAAUCCACACUAUAUUCGGAAUCGAACUAGCUUUACUGCUUUGGCUGCUCAAUAAGACAAUAGUAAAUCUGACAUGAAUACCCAAUAGAGAGCUCAUCUCGACAGCAUGGGUGCUAGCAAUCUGCAUAAGUAUAAUGCCGUAAGCUGUGAGAAGGUGAUUGAAUCAUCACCUUUGCUGGGAUCAAAGAAGCAUAGUAUAGAAAA